ACCUGGCGCAGAGGCUACCGUGAUCAUGAAGGCGGUUCCUCCAGGGCGAGGCUCUUCCAUUGCACUACGGUCGAGCUGACCCUUGCGAAUAUCCCUAAUGUGGAUAUCUCGGGCGUAUAAUUUUUGUUAGUCGGGACUGCGUUCGCGCUAUCCCGGACCUAAUCGAAUCCAAAAACAGUUGUCCACAACAAUGAACAAAGUGUCUAUUACAAUACUAUACAGUAUUGUUGUAAAUGGCAGCACUGUGUAUUAUAGUAUGUACUAAGUAUUGCCUUGUAUAUAUAUUUUGUUUGUUUAAAUAUUGUAAUUAUAGCGCGUUUUAACAGAAUCUGUGUUAAAAAAUUUAACGCCGAAUAGUACAAAACGCAAUUGUUGUACUUGAUAAGACUUUCAAAAGUGUUAAAUGUAAGAUUUUAAUAAUUGUAUCAAUUCUACUUAUUAACAUCACACUUCUAAGUUCAGAUAUUCAUCUGUUGUACAGCAUGGUCUUUUCUGAUUAUUACAUGUACAUUAUUACUCUUGCAAUAGAAUAAACGAGGCGCUUAAUUUUUGAUAUAAAUGUUUUUUAAAAGUUCGUAUUUUUCAUAAAAACACCUUGCAAAAUACGCAUUAUAUGCUCAAACGAAUAAAUAAUACAUAUAGUAGAAUUUCUCGGCGCGAGAGAAAAUCAAUACACGAAUCAAAUUAAACAAAAAUUAUGAUUCCUUUUCUCAAAACAAGCGCCACCUGUUUCUCCAAAGCAUCUCUUUGUAUAAAGAACAGAUGUCGCUCACUACCCGAUGUAUGGACAGUGGACAGAAUGAUCCUUCAACAGUGUUUGGAGAACCUGCAUCAAGUGUAUACGCCCAGUGCACCCCGAUACACGCAAGUGUAAGAGAGAGAGAGACGGAGCUACAAAAGAGUUUUCUAUUCCCCGUUUAGCGUUGUAUAUGUGUGUAGUACGGGUACGACGGCAACCGGGCAACAGCAGAUGCGCGACAGUGGUGCGCGUGGGUGCGCGACGCGAUAGAACGCUAGCUUUCUGUGAUAAACUCUUUGUGCAGCGAAGCCAAAAGGAAGAAAAAAGAAGGAGUCUUCGGCAAGUGCAGAAAAAGGUCUCGUAUACAAAUCGUUUCUCCGCGGGGGCUCAAUACGGGAAAAAGCGAGACGACCCGGCGGCUUUCGAGCUGCAGGUAUACAUCGAAGACCGCAGUCGGGCGCCCUCGCGCGUGCGUAGCGCGUAACGCGAUCCGAGCGAGACAGCGAGUCCGCAGUGUUCAGUUCAGGCGCAGGCCGCGGUGUGUGCAAGUGUGUGAGACUCAGGCGCACCGAGCUGUACAAUAGAGUAGUGGUGGCCAGUGCUUCGCGAGCGGCGAUUGAUUUCGGACGUGGUGCGCCGACUGUGCAUGUCCUCCAGGAACGAGCCGUCCAGCGUCGCGGCUAUAAUGCCAUUGCCGAGUUGUUGCAGCAGUAGUUCGACGAUCAGCAAUAGCACCUCCUGAGGAAGGUGAGAGAGAGACGAGAGUGGGAAGGAAGCGAGCCAGAGCGUAACUGGAGGAGACACACAACCGGACGACGCCUUCGUUCGAGCAGCGAGAGAAAGACCGAGAAAGAGCGCUAUCGCAGAAAAGAGCCGAAUUUGUACUCGUCGUCCGAGAGGGAGGCUGUUCGCCGCACAGAGCAAGCCAGCUUCAACAGCCGAGUCCAACGGCUUUCUGUGAUAAAUACUGUUUUAAUCUUUGCUGGGAGUGCAGAAAGGGGGCAGAGUGACUUAUUGUCGACGAAGAAAGCCGACGAAGUUUUGUUUACGUGUGAUAUCUGGCUGAUGAUUCUGGCGCAAGUGCAAUGACAAAUGUUCUCCGUGCACGGUUUCUGACACUGUAAGCGGUUGCUACGGAAGCAUCAAGCCUAACCUUGCAUAGACAGUUCUAGAGGACGGCAACAACGACGAUAAAAUGGCCGACACGAGUCAACAGCAGCAGGAGGCGCCGGAACCACCUCAGACCAAUGGCGCCGUCGACGGACUCACAGAGGAGGAGAAGAGCAAAAUAAGGCCCGCGGAUAUUGACGCUGACAUGAGGGAAAUGGAAAGGAGAAAGCGCGUCGAGAUGAUGAUGAACUCACGGCUAUUCAGGGAAGAGCUCGAACGUAUCAUAGAAACACAAAUGAAGGAUGGCGCUGGUCCUUCUGGACUGUUGCAGCAGAUCUCUGAAAUGAUGGGACCUCAAGGAGCUCGUUUCAAUGCCAAUGCGUUCAGAAACUCGAAUUGCGUCGUCCCGAUAAACGACAUACGUGGAGUGGAGAGCAUGGGCUAUGCCAAGGGCGAAAAAUUGCUUCGAUGCAAGCUCGCCGCAGUCUUCCGGCUGCUAGACUUGUACGGCUGGACGCAAGGUGUCGGCGGCAUGAUUACUGCGCGACUCAACCAGGACCAAGAGCACUUCCUUGUCAAUCCCUACGGACUUCUCUAUCAUGAGACCACUGCCUCGAGUCUCGUCAAGGCUGACAUGCAGGGCGGCAUCGUCGAGCAGGGCACGACGAAUUUUGGCGUACACAUCGCCAGCUAUCAACUACACUCGACAAUCCAUGCAGCGCGACCCGACAUCAAGUGCAUCGUACACAUUGCGACGCCCUCCGUCACAGCCAUAUCGGCAACGAAAAGUGGUAUUUUACCUCUUGGUCAAGAAAGUAUCGUGAUCGGUGAGGUUAGCACCCAUCAUUACAUCAGUGGCGCCAAUUUGGAUCCGGAGGAGCGUGAAAAGCUAGCCCGAAACUUCGGUCCCAUUAACAAGGUGAUGCUGCUGACGAAUCGCGGUGCGUUGUGCUGUGGUGAAACUGUUGAGGAAGCCUUCUAUAAUGUCUACAACACGGUGCUGGCCUGCGAGACGCAGCUCAAACUGAUGCCUUUGGGUGUCGAUAAUCUUAGUCUGAUAUCAGAUGAGACACGAAAGGCUAUCUAUGAGGCCUCGCGAAAGGCUCCAGUACCGCAACAAAGCAGUGUGGCUGAACCUUCGCCUCUCGCCGAGAAGCUUGAGAAGCGCUGGCGCAUCGGUGGCACGGAAUUCGAGGCCCUAAUGCGCAUGCUCGACAACGCAGGCUUCCGCACUGGAUACAUCUAUAGACAUCCUUUAGUCAAAAGCGAACCUCCUAGGCCAAGAAAUGACGUUGAAGUACCGCCAGCUGUUUCUUCUCUUGGUUAUCUGCUCGAGGAAGAGGAAUUAUAUAAACAAGGCUUGUGGAAGGGUGGACGCAAAGGAACUGAUAGAACGCGUUGGCUUAAUUCACCAAAUGUUUACCAGAAAGUAGAAAUCCUGGAGACUGGCACACCAGACCCAAAGAAGAUUACUAAGUGGGUGUCCGAUGGCUCGCCGACACACAGCAGCACACCAGUCAAGAUUGAUGGCGCACUCCAGUUUGUACCGAAAAAUACUAAUCCAAAAGAAUUCAAGCAACUUCAACAACAGAUAAAAGAUUACCGACGAGCUGACAAAAUUUCCGCUGGUCCACAAUCACAUAUUCUGGAAGGUGUGACGUGGGAGGAAGCGAAAAAGAUGCAGGAUGCAACAAUAAGUGGCACUGGUGAACAAGUUGUUCUUGUUGGAGCUGCUAGCAAAGGUAUUAUCCAGAGAGGUUUUCAACAUAACGCAAUGGUGUACAAAACUCCAUAUGCAAAGAAUCCCUUCGAUGCAGUUACCGAUCAAGAGUUGGAUCAAUACAAGAAAGAAAUUGAACGUAAAACUAAAGGAGAUCCUUAUGAUGAAUCGCAAUCGGAAUCUGAGGCACUUUCAUCCUUUAAUAUAAGUCGCGCCACCCAUGAAUCCAGCACUGCCAAAAGUCCAAUUCAAUCUCCAGUUUCUGUAACCUCAGAGACAGAAGAAGAAAGCAGAGACGAGCCAAAAGUAUUACGGAUAGAAACCAAACAAGUGCCUGCACCGAGUCAACCAGAAGUUGUGCUAAGUGAUGGAGUUUCCGGUGUAUCAAGGCUCAGUAGCAGCAGAAGUAUCAGCAGCAGCAGCAGCAGCAGCAGCAUCAACGAACAUUAUUGCUCGUGGAGCGAAAUCUGUCAGCCUUGUUAUAUUGAAACAACGAGAGUCGAAAAACUGGCGCAACCCAUGAAGGCUCUGAUUACUGAUGUUCAGAAUAUUUCAACGAUUAAGCGCAAGAUGAAAAAACGAGAGUUUUUCGAAAACUAUGAGAAAAGAUUUAAAAAUAAUGCCAAUAUGCGCGUUGAAAACGUAACAGAAGCUAAAACGAUCGAAUCGACGAGUGACGUUGACAUUUGCGAAGAUAGUAAUAAACUAUGUAAGGCUAGAAGACAACUCCAAGAAGAAAUGAACGAGAAAGAGUUGGUUCGUGACGUACAGUAUUCGAAAACUGCAGAUAUAAGCUUUGCUCAAAAAAUUAACCUGCCAGUAGAAUGCAAAAUUACGGAAAGAAACAUUUACAACGUAAAUUAUAAGCAAAAUCAAAAUCUGGUGUACCCUCCUACUGGAAUCGAAACAAGUAUGAGUAAUAACAAUCAGUUUGCCGAUGUCAAAAUUUAUGACAAAUAUAAAAAACCGAACGUCAAAAGCACAGGAAGAGCAACUACACUCUCAGAAGAUAUUAUCGAUAACAGAUCUUUGUUCCAAACGGAAAGCACAAUCUGUAAUUCUUGUUAUAAUAAUAGUGAUGAAGUAACAAACUACGUGAACGAAUUAGAAAUUUUUGUAAAUAAUGUUCAGAAUACUGUCGAAUCUACUGAAGAGAAUCCCACUAUUGAAUUGCAAUUGAACGAUAAUGACACUGAGGAACAUCAAUUUAAUAUUGUUAGCACUAAAGAAAAUUCGUUGGAUAGUACUUUGAAAGCUUCUUUAAAUGAAACUGAUUAUCACAAAAAUAGACAAGAAUGGAAUGAAUACAACAACAGCGAAAGCUUAUGCGUUAUAGAUUCUGAUGCGUGUCAAAAUAUUAAUAGAUAUGUAAAUGAAUUGGAGGUGUCUGUUUAUCGGUAUUCUGAUGUGUGCAGUAAUGAAGAACAAAAGGAAGAUUCUAAACAAAAACUUGUGAUUAUAGAAAAAAGGGACUACAAGAACAAUAAUUGUUCUGUGAAUAACCCUAUAGAUUCAAAGUUCAUUCAAGUAGAAAUUAUUAAUAAUUUGGACGAUAAAAAUAGUUUAGAAGCGACUAACUAUGUUAACGAAGUAGAAUUCUUAGUUUGUGACCAUUCUCAUUUUCUUGAAAGUGAUACGACAGUAAAUAGUAUCACUGAAGACCCUUUAAAAUUAUCAUUAAAAAAUAACACAACACAUGCAGAUAGUACUAGACAAGACACUAGUAUUUGGAACAUACAAAAAGUAGAUUUAGCAUCUACAGAAGAUAUAUCGAAGAAAUGGCAAUUUGAAAAGAAUGAAGAUUGCAAAGUAAAUAAGAUGCUUGAAAAGGAUUCUCUAGUUUACAAACAUUCUACACCUCUCGACACUGAUGAUAUUGAAAAAAAUCCUCUAGAUGUCAGUUUAAACAUAUUUUUGGCAAAUGAAAAAGACUCUGUACUCGAAAAAUCUUUUGAAAAUAUAACAGUAAAAGAAGAGGAUAUAAGUAUAGAUUCUUGCAAAAAGAAAUCUGACAAUAAUGGAAAUCUUUGGUUGUCAAUGAUCAAUGACAGUUCUAACUUUAUAGAAGAUACUCCUGAUCAAUCGAGAGAAAUAUUUAAAUCAGUACCCAAUUGUUUGGAUUUCACUUAUUCCGAAAUCGACAAAUAUAGUGAAGAUUACAGUCCUGCAUCUACAACACAUUGCAGCUUCUUUGGAGACGAGGAUGAAGUCGUGAACCAAAUCUCACGGCGUGACAGCCUUGUCGAGGUCGUCAGCAGUAUAAAUGUCGAUAUGAAACCCACUAGUAAACUUACAGUGGAUACUUUAGCAGACACUGAAAAUUCUGUAAAAUAUAAUUUAGAUUCUCAGAAUAUGAGUCUCAUUUAUAGCAUCACUCCACCCAAUGAUAUAGGCGAUUCUAGUAAAAAUACUACCAUCACAGAAGAUAUCCUGGAGGAUAACGAAGAAGAGUAUGAAACAUUCGACAAUUAUAUCGACAACGAAGAUGCGAAUUUGAUUAAUCUUUUAAAUAAUACUGAUAAGAAAGAAUUAGUUAAUAUGAAUAAAACUACAGAACUAUCUGAAGCUUCCUUUUUAUCAAACUUUUCAAACCAAGGAUCAGAUAUCUUGGAAUUACCAAGUCACACAUAUCUUGAUUUGAAGAAAUCUAGUGACGAAAUAUUUCAUAAAAAUAUGAGUUCGUCUGUCAAUCAAAUUUUGACGGAGUUGAAUGAUGCCGAAGUUUUCGUGACUGCUGAAAAUUUGGUCGAUCAGAUAAUAGAUUAUGUUGCCUGUUUAGAUCUAAGACGUAAUACUGCAGUAUACUCCAAAGAAGAAUUAAAGAGUUUUAUUCGAAAAAAAGUUUCGUCGUUAAACUUUGCAAGAAAAUUAGCUAAGGACUUGGUUGGAAAUUUGCCGUGUUAUAACGAUGCCAACAAUUCUACAAAUUUGAAGGUGAAAAUACCGUCAAUGGCGACCACUCGGAUGCCCACCACAGCACUUUCUCGCACAGUAGUAAGGAGGGUUCCAUGUCGCAGGAUGUGAGCGUUAGCGAGGAGUCACCCAAAAAGGAGAAGAAGAAAAAGAAGGGCCUGCGGACACCAUCUUUCCUCAAGAAGAAGAAGGAGAAGAAGAAGCCUGUUGAGGCGUAGGUAGUUCAAGCUCAGCCACUGCCACAAAGAAAAAAAGCUUAUUUUAAAUGAAGAAAAAACAACCAGCAGCAGCCGAAAAGCGAAGCGCUAAAUUUGGGAAUCACGGAGGAGGAGAAACCAAGCAUUAGAAGAGUCAAGCCAGACAUCGGCAAGCAGUACGGCAUUUUUCUAAAGCUCAAGACUGCCAAUCCAUGGACAUUGCGGACUAGCGAUUUUUAUGUUUUUAUUAUAUUCUAUCACCAAGUAGCUCCUUUAUUAAUGAGGGUUGAACUAAAAGGAAACUAACGUUAGAUGUCGUAUAAUCGUCAUUGAUGACCAGUGGUUAAGGCCGUGUUAUACAUACAUGCUAUCGACAAACGAGAGAAGGCCGAUUUCUCGUGAGCUUUUUGAACUUCUAAUACAAAACGAUUACACAGACAAAUUAAUGCACCUUCCGUCUUUUGCUCUUCUACUCAGUCUUCUUCUCCGAAACGGCCUAUGAAAAGCUCGACAAAAACCCAAAAAAGCGAACGCCGAGAGGCUUGAGAAGCCGCGAUAUUCUCGACACGGUGAAGCUCGCAGAGCCGAAUUUCACGAACGAACCGACUCAAGAAAAGAGAUCAAUUGUGCAAAAAUAAAAAAUAAUACCGAUAAUGAAAGAUAGAAAAAAAGAAAAAAAAUGUAAACUGCGCUAUGUGUGUUGAAAGAGCAACUGUCUUAGUGACGUUAGAAUAAUUCGAUCGAUCCGGCUUUUGACUGCUUGUGCUUGCAAAUUGAAACCGUGAGAGUGCUUUUAACGCGUUUUAUCUUCAACCUCUACGUCUAUUGUCUUUAAUCACUUUGCUCUUUUUCUCUCUCGUAAUUUCCGUUGCAAGAAAUGUCUUGUAAGAGAGAGGUCAGCGGUUAUAAAGCAAAGAGCCAGUCAGAGAAUGCAGCGAAUUUUUAAAUGAAUAGAGGGUAAACAAUUGAAGCGAAUCGAUAGGGUAAAUGCUGAAGAAUAAAACCUAUGUGACUUGUCGCUGUUCGUUUAUUGACGAUAUAUUUUAUUUUUUAUUGUUCUGUCGUUUAGCUUUUAUCGAUAUUACUGAUAUUAAAUUAACGACUUAGAGACGGACGAAGUGCGAAUGUACGAUUUAAACGUCUUUAAUUUUCUUUGUACAGAGAAAAAAAUGAAGUAAAUGAUUUAUUAAUAAGUGCGUGGGUGGAUUAACGCUCUUCCUCCCCUAAAAAAAUUUAUUCGCUACGAGUGCCUUUCGUUUUACAUGGUAAUCGUAAAAAUAAUUGUGUUGUUAACGUCCUAUUUUAUUAAUUUUUAAAAAUAUUCGAGAUUGUCUUAAUCAAACGAGGUUUUUCGUUUUGAAAAAUUUGACUGCUCCAAUCAAUUUGUAUUAUAUUGUCAUUGAAAAUUGUUUAUAUAUGAAUGCUUUGAUAAUAUUUUAUUUCGACAGAUUUUUUUAUUGGUCCUCCAAGGGAGACAAUUUUAUAAGCUAAUGAAAGGCACUUGAAAUGCGUGUCAUUUUUCUCGUUGCAUGUUUGCACGCCAAUCAAUUAAAGAGAAAGAAUAUAUAUGAAUCGCGAGAAAUUUGAAAAAUACAUGCGAAAAAUGUAUACACAGACACACCACGAGCGACAAAACACAAUGUAUGUACACAGAACACAAAGCGAAAAGAAAAUUAAGAACCCUAUGGAGUACUAUCAUACAUAACGAUAAUGAUUGUAUUAUUGAGCGAUAUGAUAAUUGCAGUUUAUCAUUGUAAUAGUUAAUAUAUAUAUUAUAAUAUAAAAAUUAAUAUUAUUAAAAUAUAGGGAUAAAGUACUUUAUUCGACGAUCCUGCUCGUUAUAUCACUUUUCACAGUUUUAACGAUUUCGCUUCAUGAAUGAAAGGACAUUGUGCAAAUUUAGGACUAUCGAAUGAAAACAAAAAUUAUUACAAUAUAUUGUUAGUAAAGUACUUUAUUUAUCAAAAACUAAAA